AUGAAAAGGCAGGUGGUCGUUGAACGUCCCGAUUCGGGACUACUUUGGGGGAUAAAGAUUCAAGGGGGACGGGACUUUGGACAGAAGCUACGGAUAACUGAAGUCAAUAAAGACGGGAUACUUGCAGGUCAUGGCUUAAGACCUGGCAGUGAGAUUGUCUCCAUCGGGGGCGAACCAACGGUGUCUAUGACUCACCUUCAGGCUCAAGAAGCAUUCGUCCGCUGUGGAAAUCGACUGCAAUUAGAGAUUAUUGAGCCUUCAUUUGCCGAACAACCCACACUGUCAACACAGUAUUCUGAAGAACUGCACCACCUCAAAUACGCUUCAGAGGCCCAACCUUACCGCCCUCGUUGUGAGGAAAACGGCCGAUUGGUCUCAGGUGGAUCGAAGCCGCAAAUCAUUCAGCCGCCGGCAGAGCCCAUCCCCAGCGUUGACAACAAAACAGUGCGCGUCACAACAAAUAUAACAUGGAAUCCUCAGGCACACACCCAAAACACAAAGCUGCACGACCCACUACCCGAAGCCCCGAAACCAUUCAAUGCUGAUGUUCCUAACCGUUACCAAAUGUCAAACUCCCCCACCGACAGCCACAACACGGUCCCUUCUGAAAUCAAUGAAACCGUCUGCCUGAAGAAGCCUAGUCAGAAUUCGUUAUCAACUAUGCCAGUCUAUGGUUCAUCUCCAUCGCCCAUCCAAAUCGAAACGUCUCGCAGUGAGAACACCAGUCCCUCAGUCUACUAUUCUUCUGGGGAUGAACGUAUCGCUUCUUUGCCAAAGACCGUACUUGCAAAUUCCUCUAAACGGCCUGUUUGUUUUUCAUGCCGUCGAGAAAUUCAUGGCCCGUUUGUUGAUACAGGAUCCUUGUGUUUCUGUCAAGAACAUUUCAACUGUGAACAAUGUGGAAUGCCACUAGCAGAGCAACAGUACAGUGAAUCAAACGGGAAAUUUUAUUGUGCAAAAGAUUUUGUCCAGUUAGUUGCUCCCCGCUGUGCUAAAUGUUCUCAGCCGAUCGUUGGAUUGAUUACUAAGGCGUUGGGGAAAAAUUGGCAUCCUCAGUGUUUUGUAUGUGUACAUUGUCACAAGCAACUACGUGACUUGUUUCAUGUAGAAGACACGGGAGAGGUACUGUGUAAAGAACACUGGGAAAAACUGCAUUUAAAAUCUUGUGCUUCUUGUAAACAGCCCAUCUCGGAGAUUGAUAGAUUUGUUGAGGCUUUUGACAAAUGCUUUCACGCGCCAUGUUUUUGUUGUGCCGCUUGUCGCACUCCGCUCGAAGGGAAAAUGUUCCAUCCCCGAGACGGUAAGCCGUUUUGUCCUGUGCAUGCCAAAGCCCAAGCGCUUUAUAGCUAA